AUGGUGUUAGUGCAUGCUUAUUCUCAUGCAGACAACACGUCGGCCCAAAGAAAGACUGUUGUUUGGCAGAGAUUUGUUUGCACAUGUGUUGACAUCAUGAGUGUUAAUAAUGUAUUUACUACACUCAAUGGCAUUCCUAUGCUUAAUGGCACAAAUUUCAAAACUUGGAAAAACAAGGUGACACUUGUUUUGGGAUGUAUGGAUCUAGACUAUGCAUUAAGAGAACCAUGUCCUGCACCUCUUACAGAUCAAAGCUCUCUUGAGGAUAGGAGAGUUUUUGAGAGGUGGGAGCGGUCUAACCGUAUAGGUCUAAUGAUCAUGAAGAAUACAAUCCCGGAGACUUUUCUGGACACUACAUCUGAUAAAAGGGACAUUAAGCAGUUCCUUGACACCCUGGAAGAACGCUUCGUAAGAAGUGAUAAGGCGGAGACUAGUGCUACACUAAAGAAACUAGUUUCCAUGAGGUAUAAGGGUGAUCGGAAUAUACGAGAGUACGUCCUUGAUAUGUGUCAUCUAGCUGGAAAAUUAAAGAGUUUGAAAUUUGAGAUACCGUAA